UUAUUAUACUAGCAGUUGAAUUGCAUUUCACAAUCCAUAGUGCUUGUCAAUAGUGUUCCAUAGUUUCUUUGAUCGAAUAGUUUGAAUCAUUUUCGUGUGUAGUUUUAUGAAUGAAGUUGACUUCAAUAUAAAAUCGUGCACCAAGUACCUAUAAACAACAUUCUUGCAACAAUUCUCAUAUUAUUUGUAAAUCAACCGAGUGUUAAACAAACAAUCGAACAGACAUGACGAGUUCCACUCCAGAAUCCUUGAAGAGCAAGUUUGAACUUUGCCUCAAUAACGACGAUUUAAGUGAUUGUGAAUUCUUGGUUGGUGAACAAAAGAGCAGAAUCAAAGGACAUAAACUGUUGUUUGGCAUCUCUAGUCCUGUUUUCGAGCUAUGCUGUAUGAUGGACUCCACAAUGCUUCAACUUUCGAGGUGAAGGACGUUGAACCUGAUGUCUUUCAAGGUGCCAAAAAAAGACUAUGGAACUCUACAUUCACCGACAUAUUGAAGCACGAUCUCCUAAUGAAAUACGACAAAUUUGCAAGACCAACCCAGCAUUUCAACGCAACAUAUGUGACUAUGGAUUUGACAAUUCAAUACGUGGAGAUAGAUGAAGCGAAAUCAAUGAUGACUGUAAAUGCUUGGAAUAAGAUGGAAUGGAGGGAUGAGAAGCUAAAAUGGAAUGUUUCUGAUUAUGGGAAUAUGACACAACUGCGCAUAGCUGAUCACGAGAUUUGGCAGCCUGAUAUAGUGCUCUACAAUAGCGCGCAACCGAACAACAUCGACUACUAUGGAAACACGCACUGCAUAGUGUGGCAUGAUGGGAGGGUCCUGUGGGUUCCCCCCGCUCUCCUCUCCGUCUACUGUGACUUUGACUUCACCUACUGGCCCUACGACACGCAGAGCUGCGACCUGCUAUUCGGGUCGUGGACCUACUCUGGCAAUGAGAUUAACCUCACCACCUUCGCCAAGGCAGUUGAAACUUCAGGAGACAUGGCGGGAGAAUGGGAGAUGGUUAAAGCCGACAAAAAAUUGGAGACCCUCACGUACCCUUGCUGUCCGGAGCCAUAUUACAGACUGGACUAUUCCAUCACUGUGAAAAGGAGGAGUACCGCCCAUCAUACUAUACUCAUCAUUCCAGUCAUAAUAUCAAUUUUUUCAACAUUGUCAGUAUUUUGGCUGGCGCCUACUGCGAAGGAAAAAUUCAUACUUUCAGGAGUGACAGCUAUUGUAUCAACUUUGUACCUCCUCUAUUUUGCGCAGAAGCUUCCAACAGUCUCCGCCAAUACACCUAUCAUUGUGAAAUUUCACGCCUACAAUCUAAUUCUGGUAGCGAUUUCGAUGAUAGUGUCAGUGUGUACUUUCAAUCUGAGCCAGCACUCCAGCAGAACUCCCCUGCCCUGGUUUGUGACUAAAGCACUGACAGGAAAACCAGGAACUUUACUCUGCCUUCCUACACUCAAGCGAUCUUACCAGUCGGACAAUUUUUUGGACGGGAAUUCAGAAGAGAUGCAAGACUGCAGUGUGGAGCAAGAGAGAAGGCCGCAAGAGAAAAGAAAGAAGCCCGUCACAGACUGGUAUCUGCUAGCAGUCGCCGUUGAUAGGAUUACGUUCUUCAUUUAUAUUUUGUUAUUUAUAUUCCUCAUUGUUGUCUUAAUUUUGUAAGAUUGAGAUCUCAAAGACUGGUUCAAAUUUACCAAAACUUUUGUGUUCGAUUGGAUAGACAUUCAAUUUGUAUUAGAUUAGAACAGAUAGAACGUUUUCUAGAUAACAUCCAAUGGUAUGAUGCUGUACUAGAUUUUUAAAUAAAUAGAUGAUUUUAAUUUAUGGUUGAAUAA